GGGAUCGGUAACAAGAGAAGGUGCAGCUCAGCCCUAAUAUCUGUACAGCAUGUAAUGGCUGUCCCGGAGUCUGCUAUUCAGAGACUGGAAGACUCAUAAGGAUUUCCUUGGGAUGUUUCUAUUCACUGCCCUGUUGAUGUUGUGAAAGCCUGCACAGCGAUGGGGCCUGCAUUUCACUGGGUGACAGCUCUUCACAUGCUGAUUUUUCUACAGAUGACCCAUUUGAUUGCAGUUUCAUCUGACUUUCAUUCAAAUAUGACACGUACUGUUUCAUCUGACUAUCUUUCAAAUAUGACACCUACUGCUCCUGUUCCAAAUCCUACCGAUGCAAAUUACGAUAUCCCUGGUUGGAUCCCUAUACCAAUUUUGAUAAUAGUUGUCUUUAUCUCCAUCGCUGUCAUCAUCAUCAUCAUCCUGCAGCUCAAGUUCAGUUUUUUAGAAAGACACAGGAAAUCACAUGAUCUUGAAUUGGCUCGACCUAAGGAAGAAAAGGGCCAAGUUACUGAUGAAAACCGACGAUUUGUGAAGGAAGCUGCUCGACCUAAGGAAGAAAAGGCCCAGCUCAAGGAGGAAAAUGCUCAGCUCAAGGAGGAAAAUGCCACACUUAAGGAGGAAAAAGACCAGCUCGAGGGGGAAAAGGAAUGGAGAAAGGCUCAGAACAAUUCAGCUGACAUCGCCCUUGAUGCAGACACGGCCCAUCCCAAGCUCUCCAUUGCUGGGGAUAAGAAGAGUUUGACACAUAAAACCCAACCUCAACAACUUCCACCAAACCCAGAGAGGUUCGAUUCGACUGCCUGUGUGCUGGGCUCUGAAGCUUUCUCCAAUGGAAAGCAAUACUGGGAGGUGGAUGUUGAGAGCAGCAUUGACUGGGACCUGGGACUGGCCAGCAAAUCCAUAACGAAAAAAGGGAAACUGUACCUGUCCCCUAAAGAGGGAUUCUGGGUUCUGGGUCAGAGUGGGAGAGAUUACUGGGCAAAAACAGACCCAUGGACCCGGAUCACGGUGCAGAAAAAGCCCAAGAAAAUUGGAGUUUACCUUAGUUACAAAGACAGGCAGGUGACCUUUUUCAAUGUAACUGACAUAUCUGUGUUGUUCAUAUUUAAUGAUUGUUUGUUCUCAGAAGAGGUUUGUCCAUUCUUUAAUAAUUCCCACAAAGAAACAACAUUGAAAAUCUGUUCAAUUAAAGAGGAAUAAAAGUGAAGUGACACUACUAGGAUAUAGAUAUUCAGUCCUGCCUAUAAAGUCCUGUGCUUUAAGAAUUUAGGUCUAUCCUUACCAUUUAGCUAGUUAUGGGGAUAAAAAAAGAAAGACUCAGAAUUACAGUCUGCCUGUGAUUCUGUCUUCUCUCACUAUGACAGUCUGAAUCCUUGCCCUUUGGCUAAUAAGCUGAGAAAUGUACAGUCAUAUCCUCACACAGUCCAAAUCAUUUAUAUUGAAAUGAGGCAAUUUUGGGAUGUUAGAAAGGCAAUUUAAACUACUGCCUACAGAUAAAAGGAAGAGCCUAGAAAAUUUAAAGAAAAUAAGGUUGAUAGUUUCCUGUCUGUGAAGUACCCACUUAUCAAUAGUUGGGGUUUUGAAAUCCUCAUGUCUUUAGUGUUUCCUCAUUAUACUCCCCAGUUCUCUACACUUUAUCUGUAUGGUCUGUCUGGAACUUUGAUUGUUUCUUUCUGCUUUAUAAUUAAUGUUGCUGAGUACAAACCAAUUAAGGUUGUGGAAUAUAAUUGGUUAUAUAAUCAUAGAAUCAUAGAAUACUCAAAUGGAAGGGAC